AUGGCGCUGACCAGCUCACCGAAAGCGAGACGCCAAGGAUCCAAGGAGGAGAAAAGCUCCAAGAAGGGCUGGGGCAGUGAGAAAGGUGCGAAAGGCAUCAAGAAGAGCGCCAAAAGUUCGAGGCAAAGCGCCACGAGCCCGAGGCAAUGCACCAAAAGCAGGCAUGCCAAAGGCUGGAAGCAUGGUGGUAGCUGGACGCAAGGCGGCAGCUGGAAAGGCGCAAAGACCUGGAAGACCGAAGGAAAGCGAAGCGACUGGAAAGUCGCCGGAUGGAAGGGCGCGCCUGAAGUCUCAAGUGCAGGCAACUUGGAUCGCCGGCGCCCGCUGGCGGAUCUGAUCGACUACGCACGUUCCUGUUCCAAGGCUCUGGACGGGCUGUCCGGCCAGGAGGAGCAGCUGAUGUCGACCAGGGCUUUGGAGGAGAUGGGGGAGCGGCUUCUGCUGGUGGCUGCGGACCAGAGAGGCUCCAAGCCCUUGGAGAAGUUGAUCAAGAAGGCGGCGUCGGAGGGGUUUCUUGCAGCCUUCAAGAGGCUGCUGGAUGACUUGGAUAACUUGGCGCCCAACCAAUACGCCUCGCACGUCCUGGAGACAGCGCUCAAGUCUUGGGCGGAACGCUUGGGACAGGAGAAGGAUCCGGAAUUCUUCAAGCCCAUAGUCGCGACCUGCAACAAGGUGCAGGAGGAGGGCUCGUGGGACUCCUUGAUGAACAGCCCCUGCUCUGCGCACGUGGUGCGGGGCUUGCUGAUGGCCCUGGGUGGCUACGCCCCAGAGACUGACAAAGAAAAGGCCGCGAGGGCGGGGUUGCUGCCGCAGACCAAGCAUGAAGUUCCUCCAGAAGUCGUGGAGUGCAGACGCCAGACAGCUGCCAGUUUGAUCAAGCUGAUCCGACUAGACAGCAGCCUGUGCCUGAGCUCGCACGCGAGUCCAGUGCUGCAGCUCCUGCUGCGAUUGCUGCGAGACUGCCAUGACCGCGCCCUGCUGGCGGAAGCUUGUGCUGCAGUGGUGGGGGCCAAGGCUGUGACCGGGCCCCCGUGUUUGGAGCGCUGCGACGCGCUGCGGAGGUCGGCCCCCGGCUCGCGAGUGCUGGAGGCGGUCCUGGAGACCAGUGGCGCGGAGCUUUUUGGGGAGCUCUUCGCGCGCUUCUUCCGGCCCCGGCUCUCUGAGUUGGCCAUGGCGGAGUUCGGCCCUUUCUUGGUGCAGAAGCUGGCGGACGGGCUGCGGGAACCUCCGCAGCUACAGCUGGCCUUAGGUGAGCUGGACUUUGUGGCGUUGUUAGGCUCCGGGCAGAACGCGCAGCACGCAGUGGUGCUGAAGAUGUUGGAGGCGGCUCUCCGCCUGCGCGCGGGUCUGAAGGCGGCGGCGGGGAAUGUCUUCCGCGCGCUGGCGCUGCAGAAUGCCUCGGAGCACCCGAAAGCCUGGCCCACGCUGCUGGCCUUGCAGUCUCUGGAGGUGGACGACCUGUUGGAGAAGGAUUCCAAGGAGAAGGAUUCGAAGCAGAAGGAGAGCAAAAGCAAGGAGCGCAAAGCAUCGGACGCGGAGGGAAGAUUGCGGCGGCUGCCAGCUGCCGGGCCCACGAUCUUGGCGGUGCUCUUGCGUUUCCCCGCGGACACGGUCGCGCCCAUCACGGCGGGCUUGUCCAAGAUGCUGCGGCCCCAGCUGCUGCUGGCGAUGGCGCAGGAGGCCAAAACGGCGCGAGUCCUGGAGGCCGCUUUAGCCCCCUCCUCCGCCUUGGAGAAUCGACGCUUGAAGCUGGCGGCGGCCUUUAAGGGGCUGCUGGGACAACUGGGGCCCCACCACGUGGGCGGCUGGGUCUGCGCGGCGCUGUGGCGCGCCGCGCGAUCGCAGGAGAGCCUUCGGGAGGCCUUCGCUCAGGAGCUGCUGGCGGUGGAAGCCGAGCUGCGGCAGAGGAACUUCGCGGUGUGGAAGGUCUGCGGCCUGAACCAGGUGAAGCUGCGCAGCGAGGAGUGGGUGCAGCAGCAGAAGAAGGCGGGGAAGGUCCAGGCGCUCUUCGGCCCCUUGCUGGGGGACGAGGAGGCUGCGAAGGCUUUGGAGGCGCAGCGUGCGCGGGCCGCGGAGGAUGAGGCGCAGCGGCAAGUUGCCCUGGACCCCACGGUUGCAGCUUUGCUGCCCUAUGAGCCUGAAAGCCCCACCGGCGAGGCCGAGGCUCCUGCUCCUGCGCAGAACCCGAAGGCCACGCAGGAUGAGAGUCUCCAGCAAACGCUGCAGCUCAUUAAGACCAAAGCCGGGGUCAAGCGAAAGAGGCCCACGAGGCCGAGGAAGACUGAGAGUUCGCACCCGAUUCGCAACGUCUACAAGCUCGAAGAGAACUUCCGAGGCAUAAAGAGACGCCCCUGCAGCUUUGACUCGGGGCGAAGCCUCGGGGCGCUAGCGCUGUGCGGGACGCCAAAGCUUUGGCUGCGCGACAAGGGCCAGCCGCGUGCCGCACAGCUGGCCGCACAGACUCGGUUUCUUCCGAUGAGCACUCUGACGCAAAGCAACCAGACUGAAGAGGAGUACUUGGACCGAUGGUCCGAUGGGUUUUUGGAGAGGAACUGGCCUUUGGCGCUGAUCAUGGCGUUGGAGAUUCUGGUCGUUGGCGGCCUCUACUUGUACCACAUCGCUUGGGUGAGGGUGCAGAGGCAGCGAGCCAAGGACUCCGCCGUGAUGCGCCUCACCGAGGCCCUGUCCCUAGAGAUGCUUCGGCGCUUCCUCCCUGGCGCUCGGGUGGAAAAGUAUCGGUUUCGCGGCAUGGGCAGGAAGAAAGCUAUGGCUUCCAUCUCUUUCGAGGACAUUAGUCUCCAGCUUCCGAGCGGCGAGCAGAUCUUAUCCGGCGUCAGCGGAGAAUUCCGGGCCGGGCGGAUGUGUGCCAUCAUGGGCCCUUCGGGUGCUGGCAAAACCAGCCUGAUGAAUGUGCUCUGUGGCAAGGCGGCGUAUGCGACUGCCACAGGGACGGUGCGUUUCAAUGGCCAAGAGGGAGAGUACGCUGACUACAAGACCGUCAUGGGCUUCGUGCCCCAGGAAGACGUGGUUCACGAAGGCCUCACGGUGGGCGAACAGAUCCGCUUUUCGGCGGAUCUCAGGAAUGCCUAUGACACGGAGGCCGAGACGCGGAAGCGCAUUUGCGAGGACGUGCUGAAGGUGAUGCAGUUAGAUGGGCUUCAGAACAGUAUCGUGGGGGGUCUGGAGCACCGCGGGAUCUCCGGUGGCCAGCGUAAGCGGGUGAGCAUCGGACUCGAGCUCGCAGCAGACCCCACAAUGCUUUUCCUCGACGAGCCGACCAGCGGACUUGAUGCCGCGAGCUCGCUGCAGAUCGUGCAGUCCUUGAAGCGGAUGGGGCAGUUGGGCAUGACCAGCGUGAUGGUGGUUCAUCAGCCGCGGUACUCGCUGUUCUCCCUAUUUGAUGACGUCCUCUUGCUGGGUAAGGGAGGCCUGGGAUUCCUCAUGCCGCUCUCUGAGAACCCAGCGGAUUGGUUUAUGGACCUCAUCGCGGGUGAGGUGCCGAAUGUCCGAAUCCCGCAGUUCGUGCCAGACAUGCUCUUCGACAUUUGGGAGUUGAACAAAGACCGAGUGGAAAGAACGCAACGCGAGGAGGAGCAGGCCUUGAUAGAGGUCAACGAGUGGGAGGAGCUGGUGAAGAAGCUCGGGGAAGAGUGGCCGCGGAUCAGCUAUCGCAACGCGCCCUCGGCCAUGGAUCCUCGCCGGGAAGGCGUUUUGCGAGAGGAGGACCUGCUCCGUUUGCUGAAGAACAGCCUUGAGGAGGACGAGGAAGCCGAGGACGACAUCCGCCAGGCCUUUCGGGAGCUUCUGAAGCGCAUCGCCGGGCCCCACGCCUCGGUGGCCAGCCGUAAGGAGGUCCUGGAGUUUCUGGCGAGCCUGCAAGGGGUGGUGGCCAGUGACAAGGACCUGAAAACCGUGAAGAAGAAGGCUGCGAAUCCAAAGCCCACGCUUCUCCGGUCAUCUCCUGCAGUCAGUCCCAGAGAAGAGAUCAAGGAGGAAGCGAGCCCCGCGUCCAAGGCGCAGGAGCGGCGGGCAAGCGGCAGGCGGAUGCCGACAAUGAUCCCAGAGGAGGAGGACAACAAAGAUUCUGCCAGGGACACCUUGGCGGCCGGCCUCGCUCGGAGUGUGCGCGCGGAGGCGGCGCACCGGGCGCCGGCGGCGCCGGCAUAUCCGGAGCUAGAGUGCCUCACUCCGCGUCCCUUCCAGCCAGAGGGGGACCGCUUUGACUACGUGCCCACGAUGGUCACGGUUCCGAGCGUGGAGGAGGCCGAGACUGGAGAGGAAACUUCACGACGGCCAUCCAUCCCGUUUAAGCUGGUGGUCGAGUCUGUUGACGUGGAUGAGGUGGAGGACGCUCGAGCCGGGCCAACUCUGCACGCGGUGGGUAGCUCCGCCAGUAUGGCCACGGCUGCGACGAGUAUCUUGGAGAAGGCCCGACGCCCAGAAGAGUUCGUCGUCAGCUUGGACCGGGGCACGGUCUUGGGCGCCGACUUCAGCCUCAAGGUGGACAGGCUGUCAGUGAAGCAAGUCGCCCCAAGCGGUCGGGUGGCCGAUUGGAAUGCUGCGAACCCAGGACUGAAGCUCAAGAAGGGGGACGAAGUGACUCAAGUGAACGGCAUCUCCACUCCUCAGGAGAUGUUUCAGGAACUUCUGAAGGAUGAUCUGCAGCUCACCGUGCAACCGCGGAAGCAUAAACGAUCGUCGCGCGUGGAGGAUGGAUCUUUUCCUGCGAGCCCAUCCAGCGGAAUGAAAGAGGUGCCUCGCCUGAAUUUGCAGCGCGCACAAGCGCAGGCAGCAGUGGUGGGCCCGCGGGGCUUGCACGCCAGUCUCAGUGAGGAGCUCAAGGUGCUGGCCAGUCCUUCAAUGAAGUCCCGCCGGAGGAGCAAGGCCUCCAGUGAUGGCGAAGGAUCCAGCAGCAAUCUCAGCGAGUACAGCUCAGCGGCUGGAGACGAGGCCUCACGGGGUGCUUUGUUUCCGAGCCCGCGCGUUGAAGAGUCAACGCUGAAAAAGCUAUCACCUCGGACGCGGUCUGUGUGGUCCAGGCGUUUGGUCGAGCAGACAGACCUGCCGCCAAAGGGCACUGGUGGCAAGCGGGUUGCUUUGGCGGAUGACGCAUCCUGGUCAGAGUUCACCAUCAGCGGCAAGCCCAGCGAUGAGAACCUCGAGUCGGAGGCAAGCCGCUUCCGCACCAACGCGAAGGCAACCUUCCACACGACCAAGAGCUUCACCUCGGCAGCGAAUCUGCGAAAGCACGCCUCCAACAGCAAGCCCCCGGGCUUCUUGCGGCAGCUGGCCAUGCUGCUGCAUCGCAGCUCCAUCCAGUGGUGGCGCCAUACCUUCCACCGCGGCCUCUUCCUCUUCGUCAUCUCCGGCUCCUCAGCGAUUUUGGGCCUCAUGGACGCCUUCGUCGUGGAGGAGAACGAGUGGCAGGUCCUGCCGUUUCUCAACUUGCACACCACCUUGGCGUUGCUGAGCUGCGUCUUUUGCCUCAACGUCUUCAGCACGGACCGACCUGUGUUCUGGAGAGAGCGCGAGAGCGGUCUGAACAUCGCUGCUUUCUUUGUGUCAAAGAUCAUCAUGAACACGGUGGAUGUGAUUCUGCAGUGCUUUCUGUUAGCGGCCAUCUACUACAUGAUCAGGCAGCCUGACGUCUCCUUCGCGGUGUAUUUUGUGCCAUUUCUGCUGGUGUCCUUUGCAUCUUCGGGCCUGGGCUAUGCCAUUUCCACCGUCUUCCCUGCAGUGCACGGGCCCUUUAUCGCGGCCAUUGUCAUCUUUGUCAUUUGCGGUUUGUUGGGCCACCCCCUACGUGUUGAGACCAUGUCAGAUGGCGGAUGCCUGGAGGUUACAAUGGACGGCCUCUCGAUCACGCGGUGGAGUGUGGCCCUGUACUGGAACACCUACUACCACGACUUGGAUCUGGCCCGCUUCGCUUCAGACCCUUCAGCGCUCGAAGCCAUUCAGGGCAUCGACCACAUCUACCAGACGCCGACGUUGGUUCCAGACGAGCUGGCCGGCAUGCGGGUGGAGGUCUUCUUCCUAGUGGCCAUGGGCCUUGUCUGGAGCAUCAUCAGCUACCUGGCCCUUUCGCUCGCCGGGCAUCAGCGACACAGGCGAGCACGCCCCUGGAAGCAGCGACUGCAUCGCGCUCGUACCUUUGCGGACAGGGCCAGUCUGCGAAUUCUGGGGCCAGAGCGACAGGCCCACUUCAAUACUGCGAUGCGGAGCUGUGGAAGUUGCUUAUGCGGACGGGGAGAUUCCGAAUUGCCUUGA